AUGACAAUUGGUAAAGAAGUUCUUGAUAAAAUAGUGUCAGAGUUGUAUUCUGUAUACAAAAAGCCAUACAUAGAUUUAGAACUCUUGGAUUCUGAUGCUCCUUUUUACUCAAGCAAAAUCGGUGGAUUACCAUAUUACCCCAUAGGAAUGAAAUACCCAACAAUUCCAAGUGGUGAGUAUAUGUACCUUCUCGCUCAAAUAAACUUCAGUGAAAUGCCAAAAUUGGAGAAUUUCCCAACAACUGGAAUCCUUCAAAUAUUCAUUUACCCUGACAACUGCUAUGGACUUUAUGGCGAUAAUGGAAGAUAUGAUCCAACUAAACAUAAAGUGAUUUACCACGAAAAUGUUGACUUGGACGAAAAACACCAACAAAAACUCCCAGACGAAGUCGCAAAAAAUUACAACGAAAACCAUGAAAUUUCAUACAUGCGCGUUCCGUUUAAUUCAGUCUUUGCAAUGAAAGGGAAAUUAAAAGAAGGGGCCAGUUUUAAAUGGUACAAAAAAGACCAAAUCAUUGAUAAAAUGGCAAUGAAAUACAACGUUUCUAAAGAUGAGUUAUAUGAUGUUAUGGAUGAUGAAAGAUUCCAACCCCAAUUGUGUUCAUUGGGUGGAUAUCCAAACUUUGCACAAGACGAUCCAAGAAGUGACGAGACGUAUGACACUUUGUUACUUCAAUUGGAAUCAAUUGGUGUGACAGAUAAGAAGGAAAUUAUGUGGGGAGAUUCUGGGGUUGGUAACUUUUUCAUAUCAACCGAAAAUUUAAAGAAAAGAAACUUUGAUGACGUGCUUUACAACUACGACUGCUGUUGA